AUGCUUGCUAUUGCCAUAGCUAGUAUCUUCAAUUCUCAUGCUCUUGUUCAGCAACUCUUGAUAUUUGGAGCAACAUCAAGCUUAACUAGGCUUGAGCUCUCCUUGGGAAAAGUGGUGUCUUGUUUAUGUCUGGUGAUGAUGGAUGGUGUUGUGAAUAGCUUGGGCGUGGUGGUGGAACAUAAAUCGGACCUUUGCAAAUCUCAUACUCUGAAAACAGAUCAUGGAAUUGAUCUCUCUUCACGAACUCGAUCAGCUCAGGGUCAAUCUCCUCUUCUGGUGUGGCUAGAAGGUGUUCUUCUCUGUAGAUGCGGCUUGGCUAGACGUCUCCAGGUCGGCUGCUUCAAGGUAGGGAAGAAGUUUCUUCUUGUCUUCAAGGGAGAUAGUCUUGGAGGACUAUCCCAAGAAGGUGGUGGUGCUUGA